AUGAGAUCUUCCAUCGUUCUUGUCGCCUCCGGCGCCGCCCUUGUCAUGGGUCGUGCCAUCGACCCCCGCGUCCUUGAUCCCCGUGCCAUGGAGACCAUCUGGGAUAUCGACUAUGUCACCGUCACCGUCACUGAGGGUGUACCUGUGGCUACUCCUACCCCGUCCCUCCCCGCCGUCUACGAGGCUCCCGUUAGCAGCCCUCCCGAGCCUGAGCCCUCGGCCCCCGCCCCCAUCUACGAGACGGUCACCGUCGACCCCCCCAAGCCCACAGUCGUCGAGCCUUCUAUCCCCCCCGUGGUCGUCCCUGAGCCCGAGACCACGCCUACCCCGACUCCCACUCCCACUCCCACUCCUACGCCCACUCCUGAGCCGGUCCCCGUCGCCCCCACUACCCAGGCUGCUGCCCCGAGCGUUCCUGCCACCGACGACCUCCAGACUGCCUGCAUCAACUCUCACAACAUUCACCGUUCCAACCACUCUGCCCCUGCUUUGACCUGGGACAGUGAGAUUGCCGGCUACGCUGCCAUUACUGCCAAGACAUGCGUCUUCGAGCACGACAUGACCACUGGAGGUGGCGGUUACGGCCAGAACCUCGCCAUGUGGGGUGCCACUGGCUCUGAGACCCUCGGUGCCGCCAAGGCUGCGCAGAAGGCUAUCACUGAGCAGUGGUACAACGGCGAGCUCAACCUUUACACCGGCUACGGCCAGGACAGCCCUGACAUGACCAACUUCCUUAAGUGGGGUCACUUCUCCCAGAUGGUCUGGGUUGAUACCGCCACUGUUGGUUGCGCCGUUCAGUACUGCGCUGCCGGUACCCUCAGCUCCAUUGGUAGCUGGUACACUGUCUGCAACUACAAGAAGCAGGGUAACGUCAUCGGCAGCUUCGCCAAGAAUGUCCUGCCUCCCCAGGGCGCUGCCACCGUCAGCGGCAACUAA